GGGGUUCGAUCACUACGUGGCAGCAGAGAGAGAGAUUUCAGAUCUGGAAAUCAGCAGCAGGAUAGCAAAGGGAGAGCGAGGGCGAGAGAGAGGGGAACAAGGAUUUCGUGUGAAUCUACGCGCUGAAUACAUCACCCUGUUGGAGAUCUGUUCCACGCUUUUUGAAGAUGAAACGUUUGGCUCUAUAUCUGUUGGCAUUCUGGUGCUAUGUCUGGCAAACACAGGCUGAAUUCUUCACAUCAAUAGGUCAGAUGACAGAUUUAAUUUAUGUGGAAAAAGACUUGGUGAAAUCUCUGAAAGAAUAUAUAAAAGCAGAAGAGAAUAAAUUAACAAAAAUUAAAAGUUGGGCUGAAAAGCUGGAUCAACUGACACACACAUCAACCUCUGACCCAGAAGGAUAUCUGGGUCAUCCAGUGAAUGCAUACAAACUCAUGAAGCGAUUGAACACGGAAUGGCUAAAACUAGAGAGCUUAGUUCUACAGCAAACUUCUGAUGCAUUCAUCGCUAAUCUCUCAAUCCAGAGGGAGAACUUUCCCACUGAUGAAGAUGAGAGUGGAGCUGGGAAGGCCCUUUUACGUUUGCAGGACACCUACAGACUGGAUUCUGAAAGUAUUUCCAAGGGCAAGCUACCAGGUGCACAGCAUAUCGUCUCUCUGACGGUUGAGGAUUGCUUUGAGCUGGGGAAGAUAGCAUACAAUGAUGCUGAUUACUACCACACUGUACUGUGGAUGCAGCAAGCCCUUAAACAGCUGGAGGAAGGGGAGCCCAGUGUCAUAACCCAGGCCGAAGCUCUGGAUUAUCUCAGCUACUCCGUGUACCAGAUUGGUGAUAUCCGGCGUGCUAUUGAUCUGACAAACCGCCUAAUUGCAGUUGAUCCAACACACUUAAGAGCCCAAAGUAACCUCCAGUACUUUAAGAACAUGCUGCAUGAAGAAGGACAAAGUGGUCAAAGAACAAAUGAAGAUUUUUAUCAAUCCCAGUCAAAGGAGGAAGUCUACAAGCGUCCAGAAACCUAUCUAUCUGAGAUUGAUUCUUAUGAAUCUUUGUGCAGAGGGGAAGGAAUUAAAAUGACAAAUCGCAGGCGAGGUAGGCUGUUUUGCCGCUAUCAUAAUAACAACAACCACCCACGCUUAAUUAUCGCCCCAAUCAAAGAAGAGGACGAGUGGGACAGUCCGCGCAUUGUCCGUUACCAUGAGAUGCUGUCUGAUGCAGAAAUUGAAAAAAUUAAAGAGCUAGCCAAGCCCAGGCUGGCUCGAGCAACAGUGCGUGACCCUAAAACGGGUGUUCUAACUGUAGCCAAUUACAGAGUGUCAAAAAGCGCGUGGUUGGAUGAUGAUGAAGAUCCCGUUGUGAAUAAAGUCAAUCAACGAAUAGAGGACGUCACUGGCCUAGAAGUAGAUACUGCGGAGUUACUUCAGGUAGCAAAUUAUGGAGUUGGAGGACAGUAUGAGCCACAUUUCGACUUCUCUAGAAAAGAGGAACAGGAUGCUUUCAAAGAAUUAGGCACUGGAAAUCGUCUUGCCACUCUUUUAAACUACAUGAGUGAUGUUCCAGCAGGAGGAGCCACAGUAUUUCCUGAUUUUGGUGCUGCCAUAUACCCCAAAAAGGGUACAGCAGUAUUUUGGUAUAACCUCUUUAGAAGUGGAGAAGGUGAUUACAGGACGCGGCAUGCAGCCUGUCCAGUAUUAGUAGGAAGUAAAUGGGUUUCCAAUAAAUGGAUCCAUGAGAGGGGACAAGAGUUCAGGAGACCAUGUGGAUUAACAGAAGUGGAUUGAACUUAUGAGCCUUGGCAUUAUCCCUGUUUACAUCCUUCUCUUAUUUUAUCAGGACAAACAAACAGUCAGGAUUUGAUUUCUUCCCCUUCAAGUGCCAAUCAGCUUGUGCAUUCCACUUUGAUCAGAUCACGUUAUUUUCAUUCCAAAUGAUUUCUGUUCUCUACCCCUCUCCACCCCAAAAUAAAGACCCAAUGUUUCUCAAUGAGGGGCGAAAUACAUUUUGUGGUAUCUUCAAUUUGUCAGCCACUCCCUACAAGAACAUUGUUCAACCUAAAUGGCAACAAGUACUAAAUCUGAAUACUUUGCUGUCUGGGAGAAGACAGCAAUCUUUCCUCUCUCAGAAAAGAAGUGGAUAAAAAAUAUCAGAGCAUUCAUUCAUCCUUCUAUCCUUCUACCUUACGAAUUGUAGCAGAAGAAAAUGUGCAGUUUGGACUCAAGGUUCCUCCACUUGGAUACAGCUCCAUGCUUCUCCUGUUCUCACACAUCAAAGGCAGCUUUCUCUUCAGCAAUCUCUGCCUUUUAAGAUGUUCAAAACCUUCUUGAAGCACUCCACUUAAGAAAAGUAUUGACGUGAAAAUUGUUUGGCCAUCCUAGUUCAAGCUACCUAUUUACGGAGGAGAUUCUCCUAUCACCAUUUUGUCAAUUAAUUUUUGUUUUGUGAAAUUCUUCAAUGGACUUUCAUUUUUUUUCCCAGUAUCUGAUCACCUUUUGCAAAAUUACAGCAAUUGGGAUCUUUUAAGCGUUAAAUAAUGCAAAUCUCUCCUAAAUUUCAAAAAGAUCAUUUUUAGUGAUCAUCUUAAUUCUUUCCCAGUCUGUUGCACUGUGAAUGAGACCUGGUUCCUGGAUUAAUAUGUAGCAUCCUAAGAGGAAGACCAUUCACCAUUUUCUAAGGCAAACUGAGAGGGAUAAGCAUCAGAUGGAGCUUUGUCAGUAUUUCUCACAUCCGGAGAAUGGAAGUAAGAAAGAUGGACUACAUUGUGCACAUGAACCUGAACAUUAUUGUGAAAAAACAUCAAUCAUUCCAACUUGAGCCUUCUCAAAAAUUCAUGCUGAGAAAAUUAUACAACUUCAUACAAAGUCCAUAUCUGUAAUGUUCCUUUUUUUCCCUCAACCCAUCCAAGCUGGAAUCAUAACAUAGCUCUCCCCUCCCCUCCUCGGACUCCUGAAGGUCCCCCACAACCUUCAACCCAAGGGACAGGACACCUGCCAUGGCCUAUUCAUUACUGUCAAUACAGAUAAAUCGAAGCUCUUGUAUUUUGAUAGGGAGCUUUCAUAUUCUUUGGGAAAACAGAGACCAAAUGAGGGAGAUGAACAAAGGGACCCAGCCAUCCAAAUACAGAAAGUAGCCCAGAAGACCCAGGUUCAAAUCCCAACAUCAUAACAUGUUUGAACAAGCUGAUUAAAAAUAUCUCAAAUACAGAAGCUAAUCAAAUAAAGUAAUGUUGUUCAUUUCCUUAGGAAUAAAUUUGAAAAUAGUGGUCUAAUGCCCCUAUCCCUGCACUAGAAGGGCUGGGUUCAAAUCUAACCUGUACUAGAGAUAUGUCGUAACAGGUUGAUUAAAAUAAGUACAAUUGAAAAGUAGGGAAUCGAGUGAGACCCUGAUGAUAAGUUGAUUUGAGUUGCGGCAUUAGAACACAUUUCCUGGUUUUCUGAUCCCUUUAACCGGAAUGAUUGGAGUGUGAAACUCCUAACCACAAGGAAUGGUUCAGGUAAAUAAAUUGGAUAAGCACAUGAGGGAGAAGGAGGUAGUGUAAUACACUGAAGUGUAAGAUGAAGGUGUGUGGUGGAGCCUCAUGUGGAGAGCAGAGCAGAAUGGCCUAUUUCAUUCUCUUUCGUCAUGGGUUGUGAGUCUUGCUGACAAAGAUCGGCAUUGACUGUGAUCCCUAAAGAAGGUGGUGUUGAGGCCGCUUGAUGUGAUGCUAUGCAUUCCACAUAGAUUAUUCUGUGCCCGAAAAGGAAAACAAAGUAGAUCUUGCCUUUGCGGAUUCUAAAUGAGAAGCACUCUGGUGAUUCCUUUAGUAAAGAAGGGCUUUUCCAGGACACAAUUUAAGACUUAAAACUUUUAAAAGUUUUAACACGUCAGUUAUCUCCCUGCAGUUUUGUAUAACUUAUAUGAAAGCCAAGAUACUUAGUCACCUUUGUGACACUGGAUCUUGAAACAGAAUCUGUCACCCUUGUGUAGAUGAACUUAAAUUUGCAGAAACUGGCAAGUUGAAUGUAGCCUGUAAUUUCUAUCUUUCAAAAGCUGUAUGCUUCACUUUGACUCCUGUGAAACCCCGAGAACAGCUUGAAUUGCUCUAAAUAUUUUCCAUCACCUGUCCUGUCAAUCAAAUAGACUGUUGAGAACCCAUAGAUACAUAAGAUUGCCUGUGUAAUUCUCUCUAUGCUGCUUUUACCAAUUUCACUCCAAAGAUCAGGGAUGGGAAAGUUCCCCUCUUCCCGCUAAGUUUGAUUGGGUCGUUGCAAUUGUAGAAUAUUGCUGAUGUUUGAUUUAAUUUGUCUUUUUAUUUUUUUGUUUUUGUUGCAUAGAGUUUCUUUAAAUACAGAGUGGUUUUGUUAACUUUUUUAGAAAAAUCUUAAUGUUAUUAAAUUUGGUUUUUUUUUGUAUGGAGCACAAAUAGCUCAAAAUUACUGGAGGAAGUUGUGGUCCAACUGUUAACUUUGUUAGGAUGAAUGAAUAAAACAAGAAAAUCAGAUGAA